AUAAUCAAUUGGAACUUACUUUAAGCUCAACUCAACAUACUUGAAACUCAACUCACAAACAAAGGUCUCUGGUCUGAGUAUCUGGCUGCUGUUUCUUUUGAGCAACUAUAUAUUUUAAGUCAACUUCGACAAAACAUACCUCCAAUGGCGUCGUCUUCUUCUGCAUCAUUCGUUAAGAAGAGCUAUCAGUAUGAUGUGUUUUUGAGUUUUAGUGGUGAAGACACUCGUAAGAACUUUGUGGAUCACCUUUUUGAUGCUCUUCAGCGACACGACAUUCACACUUUCAAGGACGAUGAGAGACUUAAACAAGGAAAAAGCAUCAAUGAGCAACUUUUGAAAUCUAUUGAAGAGUCGAAGUUGUUCAUCAUAGUUUUCUCAAAGAAAUAUGCAUCUUCAUCUUGGUGCUUAAAUGAACUUGUAAAGAUUAUGGAAUGUCAAAAGUCGAACGACCAGAUUGCUUACCCUGUUUUUUACGAUGUGGAUCCUUCUGAAGUUCGCAAACAAUGUGGGCCAGUUGGAGAAGCCCUUGCCAAACAUACCAAUAUAGAGAUGGGGAAAUGGAUAGAAUCUCUAAAAGAAGCAGCCAAUCUGUCCGGCUGGGAUUUAAGGAACACUGCUGAUGGGCAUGAAGCCAAAGUGAUCAAGUUAAUAAUUGAGCGGAUCUCACUUGAGUUACGACCCAUUAAUGUGAACUUUGAUGAUAAAUUAGUAGGCAUGGAACCCCGGCUACAGGACCUUGAGAAGUCUUUAGAUAUCGCUUCGAACGAGGUUCGCAUGAUAGGAAUCAAAGGGAUGGGAGGUGCUGGUAAGACUACACUAGCCAGAGCUGUGUUUGAUAGAAUAUCAGUUCACUUUGAAGCUAAAAGCUUUGUUGAGAAUGUCAGGGAAGUUUCAAACGCGUCGUUGUAUGGUUUAUUGUCAUUGCAAAGAAAGAUCCUGAAAGAUAUGCUAAAUGAUCAAGGUAACGACGUAAGUAGUGUUCAUGACGGGACAAAAAUGUUGAAAACAAAGUUGCGUGGUAGAAAGGUUCUUAUGGUUUUAGACGAUGUGGAUCACAAAGAUCAGCUUGAGGCAUUAGCCGGUGAUCUUAGUUGGUUCAAGCUUGGAAGUAGAAUUAUCAUUACAACAAGAGAUGAGCAAGUGUUAAUAACACACAGAGUAAAAUGGAUUCAUGUUGUCAAUCUAUUAUCUGAUGAGGAAGCGAUUGGCCUCUUUUGUAAGCACGCAUCUGGGAAAGAUCUUCCAAUUCAAGAGUAUGAAAAGGAAUCACUACAAGCUGUAAAGUAUGCUGCUGGCCUUCCUUUAACAAACAAAGUUUUGGGUUCAUUUUUGUGUGGUAAAGACAAGCCUGAAUGGAUAGACGCAUUAGCAAGACUCGAAAGAAUUCCGUUGAAAGAGACUCUUGAAAAACUGGAAUUAAGCUAUGAAAGUUUGGAGGAUGAUUACAAGGAAAUAUUCCUAGAUGUUGCAUGCAUAUUGAAGGGGUGGAAGAAAAACAAAGCAAUGAGUAUACUUGAAAGUUGUGGAUUUCGGGCUAGAAUUGGUUUAAGAGUUCUUGAGCAGAGAUCUCUAAUAACUUUUCAUGAUGAUGAUGAUGUUAAUUAUUCUUACUUGAGCAUGCAUGACCAUAUUGAAGAAAUGGGCAAGAAUAUUGUACGUCGUUUGCACCCAGAUGAACCAAACAAACAUAGCAGAUUAUGGAUUCAGGAAGAAAUUGAAGAUGUAUUGGAUACUGACUUGGGUUCUGAAUCGACAAGGUGUAUACGUCUAAAGCUCACCCCUAAUAUUGCUUUGGAAAGUCUUAGAAACAUGAAGAAUUUAAGAUGCCUUAUUGUAGAUCAUAACUUUGUGAAGAUUGAUGAAGUUGGUCAAUACUUUCCAAAUGCAUUACGAUACUUGAAUUGGGAAUGUUACCCUCAUGGGUGUUUACCCAUAACCUUUCAAGCAAAUAAUCUUGUUGAGCUUUACAUGCCUAUCAGCAAAAUCGAACAACUUUGGGUGGGGGGAAAGGUUCUUAAGAAACUCAAAUCCAUUACACUGUCCCAGUCAAAGUUGAAGACCCUUGACCUUGGGUUGACUCCGAAUCUUGUGAGGUUAGAUCUUUCAUAUUGUAAAGAUUUGGUAGAACUUCAUGUGCCAGUUGGAUGUUUAAAAAGGCUUACGUACCUAAACCUUGAGGGUUGUAAGAGGUUGAAAUCUGUUUUGUUUAUCAAGGAUUUGGAAUCACUUGAGUUUCUUAAUGUAAGUGGCUUACAUCUAAAGGAGUUCCGGAAUAUAAUCCUGUGCCACUCCAACAAUAAUCUGCAACAUUUAAGAGUUCUUAAGUUUGUAUGUUGUGGCAUAGAGGAAUUGCCUGAGGACAUUGGCCAGUUGGAGUGUUUAGAAGAGUUAGAUUUAAGUGAUUCAGCAAUUAAACAUCUCCCGGAUAGCAUUUGUAAGUUGAAACAUCUUAAAACUCUCAUUCUACGACGUUGUAAAGUUUGUAAGUUACCCGAGAAUUUUGGUCAAAUAGAUUCAUUGAAUAGACUAGAUCUAACAUCAACCAAGAUAAGAGAUGUUCCAUCCAACAUCUGUAAGCUAAAGCAUCUCAAAGUGCUUGACCUUUCUAAUUGUUUUGAACUUGAGCAAUUACCAAAGAACCUAGGAGAUUUAGAAAGUUUGAAUAGACUACGUCUAAGAUCAACCAAGAUAAGAGAUGUUCCAUCCAGCAUCUGUAAGCUAAAGCAUCUCAAAUUUCUUGACCUUUCUGGUUGUUCUGGACUUGAGAAAUUACCAGAGAACCUAGGAGAUUUAGAAAGUUUGGAAUAUAUAUAUCUAAUGCAUACUCCUAUAAGUCAUCUUCCCGAUAGCAUAUCUUUGUUGAAAGAUCUUAGAAUUAUUGGAUACGAAAGAAGGAUUGAUCCAGAUGCAAUUCUAGUUCAAGAACAACAACAUAUUACAUUUGCUCCCAAAAGGAGAAGGGCCAAUACUGAAGCAACAACAAACGAUGCAGGUGGCAAGGUUAAAGAACGAAAGAUGGAGGAUCACUAAUGAAACUUUGUGAAAGACUAGAGCGGGGAACAAGUGGAAGCUGGAGGGGCAUAUUGAAACGAGUCUUAAAUCCAUGUUCAAAACAUAUAACAAUCAUUCUACUGUUGACAUUUGUAGUGAUUUGCAACCAGUUUUGGAAACGAUUUGAAGGAUGAAUAAAACAAAGAAUCAUUUUAUAAUGAGACAUGAAUCAUGAAAACAAGGGGUCAGCAAUUCAAUACUUAAGGGGGGUUUUAUGAAAAUAUUUAUUUAUCAUUUCUUUCAACCAAAUUUCUACCUAGAGUCCAUUUAUCAAUAUUAGGAAUUUCAAGUUCUGUAAGUGGCUUGUUGCACUCAUCUCACUUAUGUUUGUUCCU